UGCCCAGUCCUGGURCUGGAGUACCACAGUCCUGCAUGCUCUCUGUGCUUUGACACACCUGAUUAAACGCUUCUGCAGCGCUGCAGAAGAGCAGGAAAACAACUGCAGCACCYUCAGGUACAGGCAGGAAACCUGAGCUCCACAAGUGGUCCAGCUCUGCCACUCCCCCCUACGUGGUCCGGCAGCGUGGGCGCAUAUCCAGGCCACUUCUACGCGCAACGUUAGAAACCCACUCGCAUGUAGGCGACAUCCUGACAGGAAGCUCCGAGCUCUCGGGUUAACUUUAAUCUCGUGCUGUGAACGUCCUGCGCGUGCCAGAACUCAUUUGAAGACGCAGAUUUGAUGGUGUAUACUUGCGCGGAUCCGUUAGUUCUCUUGUCUUGUCUGCGCUUCGGUGUCUGAACUAGUUCCUGGCAAGAAGUUUUUUUUUAUUUUUAUUUAUUUAUUUUAUUUUGUUCAUCGCAGCGGCAUGGAGACAUGUAGCGGCUCCAAACCGGCGUGUCAGUGCGCCAGGCCCGCGGCGGUCCAGCGGGGUCUGCCGGGGUCCCUCAUCACGGCUCUGUGCCUGCUCCUGUCCCUGAGCUCCAUCACCGUCUGCCUGCUGAUGAGCUUCAGGACCUCCGAGCUGGAGAAGCGGCUGCAGGCGGAGGUCACGACCGUCCUCCAACCAGCGCGCAGGACUCUCCAGAACCAGGACGGGACGCUMGUUUCCGAGCUGAGCGCCCCGAUAGGGCAGCUGGUGGAAGAGAAAAUGGUGUCUCUGAUGCCAAAGCUGAGAACCACCAGAGAAGUUGGCCAAGAGUGCUCCUGCCCUCCAGGGCCUCCAGGAAAACGUGGACGGAUUGGAAGACGAGGGGAACCCGGGCCUCCUGGCAAAGCUGGACGGGAUGGAUACCCGGGUCCGCUUGGCUUGGAUGGCAAACCGGGUUUGCCAGGUCUAAAAGGAAGUCAGGGACUGCCCGGACUCAAGGGAGAGAAGGGUGACCAAGGAGACAUCGGGCCAAGGGGUCCUCCUAACUACAGCACAUACGCAGGUCUGCACAGUAAUCAGAUUGUCGCUGUCAAGAUGGUUUUCCCACGGUACGACCACAGCUUUCUCUCUGGAGAGCAGUACAGCAGCUUUCAGAGACACUUUCUGAAGGGCGAUCAGGGUCAAGCGGGACCUGUUGGUCCUCCCGGUCCUCCAGGUCCACCAGGGCCCCGCGGACCCCCCGGGAACACCGGCAAGGAUGGGCCUCGUGGUCCUGCUGGAGAGCCGGGUUUGCCCGGCCGCGAUGGUGUUGAUGGACCACAGGGACUGCCUGGAAAGCCGGGAGAAGAUGGCGAGCCCGGCUAUCCAGGAGUGCAGGGUCCUCCAGGUUCAAAGGGGGAGCCAGGGGUAGGUCAGAAAGGAGAACGGGGCAUGGAUGGACUCCCAGGUUUAAAGGGUGAUAAAGGAGAAAUGGGAGUGCAAGGACCUGAGGGACCUAUGGGUCAUCCCGGUGAAAAGGGGGCCGCGGGCUCCUCAGACGUCAUCGAUUUCAACGGCAAGCUCCUCGAUGCUUUCCAGGCCAUCAGCAUCAUCAGCGUUUCGGGACCACCUGGACCACCAGGCCCUCCUGGCUUUCCAGGAGAAAAGGGUGAGCUCGGGUUACCUGGACCAGCAGGUGUGGACGGAGAAAAGGGACCCAAAGGUGAUGCCGGUGAACCAGGGCAUCCUGGUGAAAGAGGAGAGAAGGGAGAGAUGGGUCUGUCUGGGCCUGCUGGUGUGGACGGACAGAAAGGGGAAAAAGGUGACUGCAGGCUGGACGACAACCUGAUUCAGAUGAUUUCUCAGCCGGGGCCUCCGGGCCCACCUGGGCCUCCUGGCGUACCCGGUUCUCCAGGAUCCACGGGUCUGCAUGGGAUGCCUGGUCCUAAGGGUGAACCAGGUGUUGGGAUGAAGGGAGACAAAGGGGAUGCUGGUUCUCCUGGACUCACAGGACUAGACGGCCACCAGGGUCCACCUGGGCCUGCUGGGUUGGUGGGACUUCCAGGUGCAAAGGGAGAAAAAGGAAGACCAGGAGAGCCCGGACUCGACGGUUUCCCGGGUCUGCAGGGAGACAAAGGAGACCGAGGGGAAAGAGGAGAAAAGGGUGACAGGGGGUCGGUAGGGAAGAAAGGUCUGAAGGGACAAAAAGGAGAACAAGGUCCUCCCGGACUGGACCAGCCGUGUCCUGUGGGCUGUGAUGAGACUAAAGGUCUCUCUGUGAAGACAGCGCCUUCUUCGCCUGAAACUCCUCCUCUUCCUCCUUCAGGCCCCGAGGCCCCCUGUCCUGUGGGACACGAUGGCCUACCAAUACCAGGCUGUUGGCACAAGUGAUGACUAACCAGCAGCAUGGAGUCUGUACAUAAUAAUUUGGUAUAUUUUGCAGCUGAAUACCACACCAACAACCCGUUUUUAUACCCCCACCUUUUUUUAAUAAAGCUCUAUUAUAUAAUAUAUUGAAAAUUUACGAACAUUUUGGGMUUUUUUUAACUCACAAUCCAGCGUUGUGAACGCAGCCGUAAAGCUGGCAGUGUGGACUUUUAGUUUCAAGGACAGCGGUGCUGGAGUGAGAGGAGUGCCUCACUAACAGAACUUUUUGAUGUGACCACGAAUGGUGUGCCGGAAUGUGUGAGCGCGCUCAGGCGGUCUCUCCAAUGGAUGGAUGUUUGAGCGGAUGGACUUGUUUUUUGUAUAUUAUUGAUGAGAUGAAAGAGUGUGUUGUCAGUGCUCUCUUGUCCUCUCUGUGUUUUCUUUGGGAAAAUAAAAAGGAGGAAAUGGCGAGGCAGAAGCUGAAGCGCAAGCGUCUCUCUCAGCCCUGAGAGAUGGAAGCAAACCUGGAUGAAAAGGACAGGAAGGAAAAAGGCUGAGUGGCUUUCCCCACCUCUGAAGCAGAACUUGCUGGAGCACUUGGAUCUUCCAUUGAGGGACUUCUCCAAGAUUCGGAGUUGGGGUGUGACCGAACUCUCCACUUCCACAUUUCACCUCAGAUGUGGGGGGAAAAGACAACCCUGUUGCUGAUGUUGUCGUGUGAUCGAUUGAAGUUAUUUGGGAGUCACUGGCACAUAAAGGAGGGCUUUGACUGUGCAGAUACGUUGGAUGUGUUACCGUGAUAUUCUGUACGAGUUUGAUGUAAAAUAUUAGUGCAUGAUCCGUGUUGUUUGGCCCAAGAUAAAAACGACAGAACAAACCUGUUGUUUCGCAGUGAAUUCGAGUGUCGUUUCUUCAACUUGUGCGCUGUUUUCAGUUGAAAUCUUCUCUGUUUCCCUCCAGUUUCCAGUUUGCAUUCCUGUGUUUUGCCUUGAAUUAACAGGUAAUGAAAGUUAAAGGCCAGCAAGAAGGAACCAUAAGCAGUAUUAUUAAUUAUUGAUCAGCUGUUGUUUGUGUUUUAACUGCAAAGGAAGGUGUGUUUGACCACUGCUUCCAGGUUUGUUUCUUUUAUUUGGACAACAGUAGAAGUGUUUUUUGCUGCUGACUUGUAUGUGUUUAUUUUAACAUGACUUUUAAAUCAAA